GCAGUCUAAUAUUUUGUCCGACGUCCACGUAGCUUUUGGUGUUUAUUAAUAACACCAUAAAAAUUACACAGACGGAGGGGUCACGCUGAAUGCCCCCGUGGCCCCGCCCACGUACGACAUUCUCAUGCUUGGUCUCGUGACAGUAGCUAAUGUUUCUAGGGUUAGCAAACAAGCUAGCGUUUCUUUAAGAUUUCUAUUUGAAAACCGUGUGUGGGGCAGCUAAAUGAAAAGCGUUUGUGAAAUUAUCUUGACGAUCAUUGAGCGAAGAUGUUGUCACGUUUAUUGAAAGAGCACCAAGCGAAGCAGAACGAGCGGAAGGAUCUGCAGGAGAAACGUAGACGUGAAGCUAUUGCUGCAGCCACCUGUCUGACCGAGGCCCUGGUGGACCACCUUAAUGUUGGUGUUGCCCAGGCUUAUGUCAAUCAGCGUAAGCUUGACCAUGAGGUGAAGACACUACAAGUGCAGGCGAGUCAGUUCUCUAAACAGACGGCCCAGUGGAUCAGUAUGGUAGAGGGCUUCAAUCAGGCCCUAAAGGAAAUUGGAGACGUGGAGAAUUGGGCUCGCAGUAUUGAAAUGGACAUGAGGACCAUCGCAACAGCUCUAGAGUAUGUGCACAAGGGUCAGCUUCAGUCUGCUUCCACGUAAACAUUACAAGAAGACAUAUCGAUGGUUUACAGCUUAAAGGAAAUACACUGGAAUAAAACAGAACAAAGCAGAAAUGUGGCCCCGUUGGCAGCUACAGGAUCACCUGUCUGCUUCCUCAUAAAUAUGAGCUGCUGAUCACGGCAUUACUUGUUUGGGGAAGUGGUCUCCUGCUGAUAAUCUCUCUGCUCAGAGAAUUUUGGAACUCUGUUGCAUUUGCUCACUAAUUGCACUCUGAUAUCACAGCUUUAAGGUUUUGUUUAUUGUGAUGAGAAAUAUUAGAAGUACAAAAAUAACAUGACUAUUGCUGGAUUUGUUAUAAUGUAUAAUGUCAGGCUUGUGUGUUUGUGGAAAUAGUGAGUCUGACUGAGUGUGAGCAUCAAGCGUUCAACUUAAGAUGGUUUUGAGUUGGUGCUGACCAGUUGCCUCCUGCCUCAUUUUUGAUAAUAUCACCUAAAGUUUUUAAUGUUAUUAUUUUCAGUUCCAUACAGUUAAUGAAAGGUAUGAUAUUGACUGUAAUGUUUUGUAAAUAUGUUUAUGGAUUGUUGUUCAUGCAAUACAAGAUUGAGUUAAAUUUAAUGUAGUAAGGUAAGAUAAGGCCCCAAUGCUGAAUGGAAAAGUACAGAAUUAGAUUUUGGUCAUUUCUAAGAUUGAUAGUAUGGACAAAGAAAAAUAGCAUGCCAAAAUAGAUGUAUUUCUGUAGAUAUAUGUGCUAUAGUUGCACAAUAUAAAUCCAUUGAACAAAGGAUUUUUUCAUGGCGUCUGGAGCAGGCAGCCAGUUCAGCCAGAAUAUUUACCUCUGUGCUAAACCAUGUUUUACAGCCAAUAAAGACUUUAGUUGUUCACCUGGUAAUUUGUAUAUGAACUCUCCCUCUUUUUCUGAGGGGAUUGAAGAUAGACCGGUAUUUAAAUAUACAUUACAAACCUGUAUAGUAGCAUUGCACUCUUUUAACAUUGCAGCUUGAAUAAAAUGCUGUGCGUUCAA